GCCAUCUGUGCGAAGGAAAGGAGAUUUUUUCCACCACCAUCAGCAGAACGUGCAUGCUGCUCGGCUGUUGCCUACUUGUCCCAUUCUCCCGGAAUUCUCGAUAUUUAGACAAGAAAACGUGUUGGAGAAAGACCGACAAUGAGUAGCUCGCUAAAGUUGCAGAAGCGGUUGGCCGCCUCGGUCCUUCGCUGCGGAAAGAAGAAGGUCUGGUUGGAUCCCAAUGAAACGGCCGAGAUCUCUGCUGCUAAUUCCAGACAGUACAUCCGGAAAUUGGCCAAGGAUGGUCUUAUCAUCAGAAAGCCGGUGGCCGUUCACUCGAGAGCACGCGUCCGCGCCAACACGGAGGCGAGGCGAAAAGGGAGACAUUGUGGCCCCGGAAAGAGGAAAGGUACCGCCAACGCCCGCAUGCCUGAAAAACUCCUCUGGAUCAAGAGAAUGAGAGUCCUCCGUCGCCUCCUUAAGAAAUACAGAGAAGCAAAAAAGAUCGAUCGCCAUCUGUAUCAGAACCUUUACCUCAAAGUCAAGGGUAACGUAUUCAAAAACAAACGAGUUUUGAUGGAAUUCAUUCACAAGAAGAAGGCAGAAAAUGCCAGAUCUAAGAUGUUGAAUGACCAAGCCGAAGCUCGUAGAAGUAAAGUUAAGGAAGCCAGGAAGCGACGUGAUGAACGUAAGGCAGUUAAACAAGCUGAAAUUCUCGCUGCUGCCCAGAAGGAAUAAAUUGAAUUGUUAAUUAAACUUCUGAUAAUAAAACGUCGACUCUUUUAUGUUGAAAUGAA